UGUUUUUGUAGAACAUAAACAAACUUAUGAAUGAUAACUUCUAAUGAUUUACAUAAGUGUUACACUUAAAAAGAUAUGCUAAACUUAACGUUGGUUAUUUACAGUAAGACAGCCAUACAACACAUAUCAGAGUCAGUGUUUGUGGGACUGUGUCGUAAAGUAGGGACAUCACAACUGGUAGCCAUGAGGAGAGAUGUGGUGGACAUCAGUGAGAUGGUGAACAAUCAAGUGAACCAAAUUAAUGGGCGAAGGAUGAUGAAGAGUGGAAGUCAAAGAGAAGGAUUCAGACUGGAAGGAUCAGAUACAGACAUGAUGUACUGGCCAAAUGAUCACCGUGUGAUCUGGGAAUUAUCUCAGUCUCAGUAUUACAACACAGAGAGAAAAACACUCAUCAUAUGUGACUGUUCUGAUAGUCCACCAGGAUUUACUUUGUUAUCUUUACUGUCACCAAGCAUGAACAGAGACAUCCAGAGAGCUUGUGUUAGAAUGUAUAACAGAUAUUAUAUAUCUAGUUCUAAAUACAGACAAAUCGUGUGUUCAGACUACAUUCCACAUGGACCUUGUGCCAGUGCAAAAUUCUUAACAGUAGAAUUUGAUUUUGCCUACUGUUUAGCUUGUGACUUUUGGCCUCCACCCGCUUCCUCUUGGAUAGACAGAUGUCACUCUUGGCCCCAGCCUCAUGUUGUUGAUGAUAUAGUAAAAAAUGGAUGUCACUUUGUAGCAGUUGGGCAUAAACUAGGGAAUCAUGAGAACCAUGAAUGGAGAAUUUCUUUCUCUCUGGCAGAACAAAAACUAGUGAACGCAAUGAAUCAUUGUCAAUUCCUAACAUACGGCUUGCUUAAACUGUUCUUAACAGAAAUAAUUAACAAUGGACUAGGUGAUGAUGAUAAAUUAUUGUGUUCCUAUCACAUGAAGACAACAGUUUUCUGGGUGAUUCAACAAAAUACUAUACCCCACUGGUGAC